AUGACUGGAUUAAUAGAUUUAUUGAAUGCUGAUGAAGCUAUAAACAAAUAUAAUAGAGAACAACAACAACAACAAGAACAACAACGUCAAUAUCAACAACAUCAACAAAUUCAUGAAACAUUUCAAACUCAACAACAAGUUGCGUACCCAGAUCAACAUUGGCAAAAUCAUGGCCACCAGAAUCCAUCGAUUGACAAUAAUUAUUUGCAACCAAGAUCCAAUUUUUUACCUCCUCAAUUUACGCAACAAGAUAUUAAGAAUAAUCAUUCCCAUAAUGGAUUCAUAAACAAUCACGAUGCUGUUAAUAAAGAAUUUACAACAAAUUUUGCAGUUGCACCAACUAUUUCACCAUCUUCUUCCUUAUCUAAUUCACCAAUUGAUUCAAAUCCAAUUACAUUACCACCUAUUAUAAGUAAGUCUCAAGUUGCAAAAAUUAAUAACUUUGGUACCAAGAGAAAAAGCUUAAUAACACCAGCCACAUCAAGUACAUCAAUUCAAACUAUAAAUUCAUUAUCAAAUUCUCAAACUCAAAGUGAAACUUAUUCAAAUUCAUCAACUCCAACAACUCCGCCACCAACUGUUAAAUCCAAGGCAGCAACUAAAACUAAAUCAAUUUCAAAUAAGUCAUCACCAUCUUCUUCACCUUCCAUUAAUAAUUCAAAUAAGCCAUUACUUUUACUCAGAGAUCAUAUUCCAAAAUCCAAAAUAAAUAAAAAAAUUCUUAAUUCAAAAAAAUUUGUAAAAUUAGCAAUACGAAGAAAAUAUUCAACUAAAAGACAAAAAACAGAUACAAAACAACUGAAAUUACAUAUUAAAUCAUUAAAAGCUGGUAUUAAAAUAAAAUUAACACUGUGUCAAAAUUUAUUUAAUUUAUAUCAUAAUCUUAUACCAUUUACUGAAGAUAAAAAACUUUAUUCACUUUUUCAAGAUGACAAAUCUAAUCAACAAUUUCAAGAAUUACUAAAUCAUCCAAAUACCCAAAAUAAUAGUAACAAUAACAACAAUUCCAAUUCAUUAGUUUCAAAGGGACUACAAUUGAUUGAUAAUAAUGUUGUUGAUUUAAAUGAAUAUUCUAAAAAAAUCCUUAAAUCAUUUACAAAUGAAAUUGAUCAACAAACUCCUACAUUUAAUUCUUUAGAUACUGCAAUAAAUACAUUAUUUUCAUCAAAAACUUCAACCUUGAUUAGAAUAACAAGAUCAACAACUGAUGAUUUACAUGGUUCAACAAUUUUAAAAUUAGAAACCGCAAAACCAGGAGAUUUUAAUUUAAUUGAUGAUGAAGAAAAUUCAGAUGAAAUGUUACAUUCACUUGGAUGUACUGAUGAAAUUCCAAAUAAUUUAUUUUUUAAAAAAAUUAUUGCAAGACCUCGUUAUAAAUCAAAUAUGAAAAUUUAUUUUUUAACUAAUGAUUGUUAUGAUUAUUCUAUAUAUACUGAUCCAAGAUCUUUUGAAAGAGAUUUAUUUAAUGGAAUUAUUCAAUUAGAAUUUAAUGAUGAUAAAGUUGAAAAAGUUGUUGGUUAUGAUAGAAAUAUUUAUUGUACAUUUCCUAUUGAAAAAGUUUUGAAAAAUUAUAAAGAAUCUAUAUUGGAAAGUUUAAAUUUAAUUGAUAGUGAUGAUGAAAUAAAAGAAGAGGAAGAAAGAAAAGAUGGAGUUAUAUUGGUUGGAAAAAAAUCAAAUAAAGAAGUUGAAGACUUGAAUAAAGCUGACAUUAAACAAGAUGUAUUAAAGUUAGAAGCUGUACAAAAUUCACCAUCUUCAAAUUAUCAACCUAGUUCAUCAAACUCGCAGUCACCACCACAACAUCAUUAUCAACAACACCAACAACAACAGCAACAACAACAGCAACAACAACAGCAACAGCAUCAUCAACAUUCAUUUGGUCAAAUUAGAUCACAAUCAUUAGACGAAAUAAAAUUUCAAAAAAGACCAUCAAUAGUUCAAUUCAGUGGAGUUUCGCAACCUAAUAUACCAACCUACCACCAACAAAAUAAUUUUGUACAAUUACCACCAAUUCAACAUAGAUCAUCUUUCAGUCUUCCAUCAUUUAAUCAAAAUCAGAAUCAAUAUCAAAAUACUCAUCAACAACAGAAUUAUUAUUAUGCUCAUCAACCUCAACAAUUUCAACAAUCUUCACCACAAUAUCAACAAAGAAUUAAUAGUGUUAACUCACAACAAUUACCUCCAAUUACUAUCCCUUUUGCUCAUCAACAAUACACUGAUCAACAUUUUCCGCUAACUCAUUUUCAAAACAAUGAAAACUUGAAACAUUGA